AUGCCCAAGACUCUUGGGGUCGCAUCGUGCCACCGCGGCGUCCCAAGACUCUUCCAGCAAAGCCACGACGGCAUCUCGACCCAAGAGGAGCCAUCCUGCUGCGGUCGGCAGCAGGACGGAGCGGCGGCCAAGACACGCGACGCGGGACGAAGCCGGGGGGCCGGCGGGGCCGGGGGGGGGCCGGGCGGGGGCACGGGGGCGGCCCGGGGGGGGGCCGAGGCGCGGCCGGCGCCCCGUCCCGCCAGGAAGGCCCACGCGUGCGAGGAGUGCGGCCGCGUCUUCAACUGGAGGAACCACCUGGUCCGCCACCGGCGCCUGCACACGGGCGAGCGGCCGUACCGCUGCUCCGUCUGCGGGAAGGGCUUCAGCGACGGCUCCCCGCUCCUCGUCCACGAGAUGCUGCACCGCGGCGAGAAGCCCUACAAGUGCCUGGACUGCGGGAAGAGCUUCGGGCAGAGCUCCCACCUCAUCUCCCACCAGGCCGUCCACACCGACGAGAAGCCCUACGUCUGCCCCGACUGCGGCAAGAGCUUCGCCCGGCAGCAGUACCUCCUCAUGCACCGCCGCGUCCACACCGGCGAGCGGCCCUACGGCUGCCGGCACUGCGGGAAGAGCUUCCGCAAGAGCUCCGACCUGGUCAGGCACGGGACGGUCCACACGGGCGAGAAGCCGUUCAAGUGCCCCGUCUGCGGGAAGGGCUUCACCCAGAACUUCCGCUGCAACGCGCACCGGAGGGCCCACGGCGCGGAGGGCGGCCGCCCGGCCCGGCCCCCCCCGCAGGUGACGGCGGCCCCCCCGGAGAGCUCCCGGCCGGAGACCGAGCACCCGCCCCGACGGAGGAGCGUCCUGCGGGCGGGGCCCGAGGAGGACCGAGUCCCGCGGGGGCGGCCGGGAGCCGAGUCGCGGCCCGCGGACCGAGCCGGGGGCGGGAGCCGUCGGCCCGCGGAGGGGCGGGAGCGGCCGCGUCCCCGCGAGGGGGUCCCGGGGGGCCCCGGGGAGACGGUCCGCGCCGGAGAGCGGGCGGCCGAGCGCCGGGAAGGCUUCGGCAGCGUGAGCAGCCCGAGCCGACGCCGGCGGCCCGACGACGCCCCGGAGGAGCGGCCCCCGGAGCGCGGGGAGAGCUCCGGCCACGGCGCCGACCUCGCGCCCCGCCAGCCGGAGAGCCGGCCCGACCGGCGGCCCGGCGCGACGGCGAGCCCGGAGCCCUCCCGCCGCGGCGCGCGCGAGGCCGAGAGGUCCCACCUCUGCUCCGAGUGCGGGAAGAGCUUCACGCGGAGGUUCAACCUGAAGCUCCACAAGAAGCUCCACACCGGGGAGAGGCCCCACCGGUGCCCCGAGUGCGGCCUCAGCUUCACCAACACGUCCCACCUCAUCGUCCACCAGCGGAUCCACACCGGGGAGAGGCCCUACCGGUGCCACGUGUGCGGGAAGGGCUUCACCAUGAGCUCCAAAUGCCUGGAACACGAGCGGACCCACACGGGAGAGGCUCCGUACCGGUGCUCCGAGUGCGGGAAUUGCUACCGGACCAGGGUCUCCUUGGCGUCCCACGCCAAGACGCACACGGAUUAG